AUGAGUCAGCUCGGCGACUCUCGGCGACUCUCGGCGAUCGAUUUCCAGCCAGUCCACGAAAGUUACGCGCCGCCAGCGCUUCUCUGUCCGAUACACCAACGAGCGAAACACCCCGACGUGAUCACCUCCGUCCAUCCCUCAUGGUGGUCCUACCUUAAAUCGAACUCGGUACUAAACAACAAAGAAGAGGCGAUCGGCGCGAAACGAGUCUCAGUCGCGAUGUACGGCGAUCAAGCGUUCAAUGUGCCGUCACAGCAGGCGGGUGGCCCGUAUCAGUCAAGCUCCGAUGCUACAACAUCCCAGGUAUGUCUCUAGAUUCAAGUCAGCACACCUAUAUCCUCGUUCCACCGGGCUCAUCUGGCCUGCUCGCACGAUGUGAUGCUCCUCCGCAGAUCCCUGGUUCGGAUAGGCCUUGGAACACUUCGCAAGAGGACGCCAACUUGACGCUGCAGGCGCUGUUGACACAGUUCUCUACCCCGUUCGGGAUGUUAGGCGACACCAACUCAACCCCAAGCCAUCAGCGUUCUGAUGAAACAUUCUUCCUCGCAUCGUCGUUCCCGGCCUUCAAGGACGCUGUACCCAGUUUUGCCAGCGAACGACCGAUCGACGGGCUCAACUAUCCGGACAAUAACAUGACAUCCGUAGAUGCGAACCUAGGCUUCUCCUCUCUGGUCUCUCAGGGCUUUGAUCUACACCAGAGCUCCCUGCUUCCACUGAAGGGCUCCUCGGCGGCAGAUUUGGGCCUUCCACCCACUUUUCCCUCUCCCACCUCCUCACAGCCGGCAUGGAACAGUACACAGCUAGAAUCUUUUCUCCAGUCUAUAUCGCCGUAUGGACUGCCACCGCCACCGCCUCACUCCUCUGUACCGCCUUCCCAGGUGCCGUUGGCGAGUUCGAGCUCCUCCUCCAUGUCCGGGUUCGAGCCGACACCUCUUUUACCCGUAGCCUCUACGGCCCCAUCAUUCCAACCUACCGCAACAACUUCUACGGCUGAGGUGGACGCUCCUCUUCUGCCGCCCUCCGAGCUGACGAAGUGGUCAAAUACCUCCACAUCCGCGACCACCGGGGAAGCAUCCACUACCCGACGAGCAAAGAAGCAACCUGCACCUACUCUCAGCGGCCCCGAUCUCAGCCACCUCCCACCAAGCCUUCGGGCCCAGGUAGCAGCUGCGAACCGCGCUCGAGACGCCGCUCUAUCGAACCCAUCGACCUAUCCGACCAUUCCCGAACCUGCUCCACCUAAUGCGACAGGCGAUCUGCCCGCUCUCUCCAAGCCCUGGGUUCCGAAGAUCUCGAGCGCCGACGCUUCCCCAACUUUGGUGCGGAAGUCGUGGGCUUCAGGCGGCGUACUUCGUGAUUCUGGUGUCGGAACCAAGUCAGCAACGGAAUGCUUGGCGGAGGGCUCUGUACUGGGUUAUCCUACGCUUCAGAGCAUGCAGGACGAGGUGAACUACGGUGUUGUCGUGAUUUCGAUUGCAUGUAAGAUCUGACCCCUAACUUUUGAUCAACCUGACCGCAGUUGAAAGAGGCGGACUUUUACACAAGUCUGGAAGUGGUCAUGAGUCGAGGAGGAGUGGUUGUCGACAGGAACGGGUACCGAAUCGAUGGCAUCAAGGUCGAUCUGUUCAAGCUUUUCCAAACCGUCAUGCUCCAAGGUCCGGGAGGCGAGCGAGUGAGCCUGCAAAAGAUUACCGCCUGGUGUAUCGAUGCAUUCCUGAUCCGAUCUUUUCAAACAGGUUGAACUGGAUCAAACAUGGCCGAAAGUUGCUUUGAUGUUGGGACUAUCCGACCAGUCUCAAUGCACGCAACAACUCUCGGUGAUUUAUUCCAAAGUCCUCCUGACUUACGAAACGGCUUGGGCCAACGCAUUGCUCAAGCAACGUGACAAAAUGUCCCUGCUACGUCGAGCUCCAACGUCUUCAAGUGAGCCCGGAGGCUCGGUGUCGGAGACUCCUGUAACGUUGCGUGAUGAAGUCUCUGCGGGAAGUGGUGGGUCGGACACGCGCAGAUUCGAGGAGAUCGGACCCAUGGGCUUUACAAAGGAUCCGAGUAUGUAG